AUGUCAAACCACACUUUGUCGAUUAGGCGCAGAAUACUGUGGAGCGAUUCAUCAACAGUGUUGAACUGGAUACGGUCUGAACCAAGAAAAUAUAAGCAGUACGUAGCAUUUCGAAUUACGGAGAUUCUGGACGAUACGGAGGUUGGAGACUGGAGAAAAGUGCCGUCAAAAAUGAACGUGGCUAACGAGGCCACAAAAUCGGGCAGUGGCCCAUAUUUCGAAGAAAACAGCAGGUGGUACAAGGUUCCCUCAUUCCUCUACAGUGCAGAGUGUGACUGGCCGAAUGAAGUGAUCGAGGAAACUACAGAUGAAGAAAUUAAAACAACUACAAUCAACGCUCAUCAGCAGUUACCAUUGGACCCAAUCAUAGACUUCGAACGUUUUUCCAAGUGGGAGCGGCUAACCGGUACAAUGAAGUUUGUUCUUCUAUUUGCCACCAGACAUAAGCAGAGGGAAGAAAGCAUUGACGCUAUUUCAAAUAGCAAUAUUAGAAGUCAAGCCGAAGCAAGCAUAAUCAAGCUGGUUCAGUUGCAUAGAUAUCCAGAAGAAUGUCGAAUUCUAUGA